AAGAUGUUUUAGGCUGAUUCUUCACACUUUGGCUGACAUGAAAUAUUUUGUUUGACUAUUUUCAACUAUUAUUUGAUAUUUAACGUCCAUUGCUUCCUUCAAAUAAGAAUGCUAUCCAUUAAAUGAGUAUAACAAGAUGGAACCACAAGCCAAACGGAGGAAAGAAAUGGACAAAUGUGACACUUGGGAUGUUCUUCCUGUUCUCUCCGAUGAGAAGUCUCGGGACACUGAAUUGUUGCCGGCCUACGUAGCACCCAUCAUCGAGAAAAGAGAAACAUCUCGCCUGGUCAAAGAGCUUUCCCUGAUCUACCCUCUACCCGGUCUGCAGCACAUAAAAAGAGUGAGAGCUUGCAAAGACAAAAGCAGCCCUCAUCCUUUAGAGGUCAUUGUGUGCUUGGCCAGGGAUGUGGCCAAAGGAGUUAUGCCUGCUGAUCUGCUUCGCUCACAGUCUUUUGACUCCAGUGGUUUAGGUGAACCUUUCCUUGUUGAAAUACCUGCCAAUCCUUCACUGACCAGACCACAGUUUGAAAAAGCUAGUAAACACUGGCCUACGUCAUUUCAUGAGGACAAGCAAGUGACGUCUGCUCUGAGGGGCCAAUUGUUCACUGGCGAUCAGAAAGCUAAAAUUCAAUACUACAUGACGGCAGCUGUCCAGGCUGCAAAAUCAGGUCGGAAAAUGGGAAUGGAUGCGGUGGGCGCUGUAAUUGUUGACCCAGAAUCUGAGAAGAUUGUUGCAGUGGGUCACGACUGUAAGCGUGGCGCUCAGCCGCUCCAUCAUGCUGUCAUGGUCUGUAUUGAUCUUGUGGCCUGUGGGCAAGGAGGAGGCGCCUACAAUUACGAGAAAUAUCCAGCCUGUCAAUUUAGCAGCUCUGAGUUCUUUAGAAAUGGCUCUAAUUCGAAAGAAACUGGUCAGCCUUACAUCUGCACUGGAUAUGACCUUUACGUCACACAAGAGCCCUGUGUGAUGUGCGCAAUGGCUUUGGUCCACUCAAGAAUCAACAGAGUGUUUUAUGGAGCACCCUCUGCAGAUGGUGCCUUGGGAACCAAGUAUAAAAUUCAUUGCCAAAAAGAUUUAAAUCAUCACUUUGAAGUGUUUAAAGCGGUGAUGCUGACAGCAUGUGAGGCUUUACACAAAAAGUAAUAUUUUUUUAGCUGUUCUUAAUAGGCAAUAUUAAAAUUGACAUUUUAAUUUUGUUUUGUAACUCUAGCC